AUGUUGCUUCGCGUUCUACAGCAUGGUGGUGCCGUGGAGAAAGAAUUACUUGAAGUGACUGAAAAAGUGCUCUCUCGAGAAUCCAGUAAAACGAAGAGUAAUUUUUAUGAAAACAGCUCCGAAGAAGGAGCGACUGGCGGACCAGUCACACGAUAUACAGCAGUUAAUGGUAAGUUUUUGGAUACUGCCUACAGGAUAUUCAACGAGCAGAAAGUGCACAAAUCUCGGAUCAGUGUGGAUCCAGUGGUUGUGUUCGGCGCUGAGGAUGCAGAAUGCUCAUCGUUGAGAAGGGUAAACUCUUCAAAACGUUUGGUUGAAAGCAGAGGUGAAGACCCUCAAUUUUGCUCAACGGCCGAAACGGCGUCUUUCCUCACUGACACCAACAAUUCAGGAUUAACUCCAAGACGACUGGAAUGUCAAUCGUCUUCACAGUCCCAUGACAGGUUGAUAGCUUACUAUCGAGAACUUUACUUGACGGCACAUAUUCUUCCAGCGGUUGUAUUUGGAAUGAUUGAAGUUGCACUGUUUUUUAUUUAUCGAGCUCCAGACGAGUUUAUUUUAUGCUCUUUCGCAAUUGUGAUGCAAGGACCUGGCCUUGAAUUCCUGUUAAUGUCAGUUCUUGUGAUCUGCACUCUAGUUAUUUUAUGCUACCUACUUCUCAUAUGUUUCCUGAAGCAAAUCCGGACCAGUAGUGUCAACAUCAAGAACAUUUAUCGAUCGGUGUUGAUUAUAACACUGGCAGUUAUAUUCGGUUACUUCAGCGCCGUAGCCAUUGUUGUCAUCAGUGACGCCUUCCUGCAUGUUGAUAAAUACUACCUGAACCUAUUCUCGGGCGUGAUUGCGUGCUUUUCCACUUCGAUAACGUUCUUCGUUUAUUACAUUAUAAGCAGUGAAUAUCGUGAAGCAUUCGACGAUUACCUUGGAAUUGGUCAACUUAAGAAACUCACGCGCAACCGCAUCGGUGCCAAUUCUUCGUCUGUGCCGAUUACGCUGAAUAGCAAUUCGAGGAGGGUUGUGCCUUAG